CUGAUAGGCGGCACUGACUGGCACUGAUAGGCAGCACUGACUGGCACUACUGAUAGCUGGCAUUGAUUGGCAGCACUGAUAGGUGGCACUGACUGGCUCUGAUGGGUGACAUUGAAAGGCAGCUCAGAUGGGCACUGAUAUGUGGCAUUGAUGGGCACUGGUAUGCACUGAUGUGUGGCAUUGAUGGGCACUGGUAUGCACUGAUGUGUGGCAUUGAUGGGCACUGGUAUGCACUGAUGUGUGGCAUUGAUGUGGCACUGAUGGGCACUAGCAUGUGGCACUGAUGAGCAUUGACUGCUGGCACUGAUGGACACUGACAGGUGGCACUUCUGGGGCCACACUGAUCAUCAGGGCGCCCCGAUGGCAUGCAUGGUGAGAAUGGAAGG